GGGUGGCAACGACGUCCAACUUCGUGACAACUCAUUAGAAAUCCCGACGUCUCUCCAGCACCAAAACGCAAAAAUUCCUUCCCAAGUUCUUCCACAAUUUGCUCUAGAUACACUAUUUCUCUUAAGAAAAAUUUAAUGUGUUUAGGAAAUCACGCGAUAAAAGUUCUUUUCCCCAUUCUUAUUGCCCAAUAGUCCAGUGAUUAUCGCACGAGUGGUAACAUAAGUUUCUCUUUUAAGGUGCUAAUUCUUAUCAGAUCCCUCUUGGUUUCUUGCCCCAAAAUAAUGUGCUACAGAGUCUUGAGUUACUCAGUCAAGUGUAGAUGAAUCUCCAAUAAUAAAAGUUCAGGAGGAGAUUUCCCGAUAAAAAAACGUGAAGUGAAAAUGAGUGAAAAUUCUGGGAAAAUAGAUCAAUGGCCGCUGUUUGCAGUGCGAAAAACCGUGAGGUGAGGUGAGGCUUCAUCAAUCCUGGCAGAAUGUUUGCAGAGAGUAAGUUACCUGUGCUCAGUUGGAUGUGAAAAUGCCUGGAAAUGGCAUUGAGAGGCUGGCGACUAUUUGGUGUGGUGGGAACAAUUGUGGCUUAUGUGGUUGGUAUCCUUCUGCUAUCGAUCCUCAGUAUUCAGAAUCACAAUCCUCAGCGCUAUUCCUCAGCCCGUGGGAUCGAGAGACAACUCAGUACACCUCAUGGGAGAGAACUGAGUGCACUAGGACGUCGUCAACCAAUUCGAUGGUGUCGUGAACUGAGAUAUCUGGACGGACGUCUUCCUCCUCCAAUUGCACGUCCACCCAGAAUUCUCCACACAUUUCCCGGACAUCCUGCCUUAGUUGUGACAACAAAACCACCACCAGAACCUCUCCCUGACGUUAAAUCAAUUUUCGAGAUGCACAAUUCAAAGAUUGUCGCUCUGGCUUCUUUUCCAGGCAGCGGAAACACCUGGCUCAGAUACCUUCUUCAGCAAGCAACAGGAAUUCUCACAGGAAGUGUUUACAAGGAUUAUGGUUUGAUGAAAUCAGGCUUCCCUGCGGAAAAUGUUAAAAAUUCUUCCGUUCUUGUUAUAAAAACCCACGAACGUGGCCCUAAAGUCUGGAGUAGCUUCAAUCGAGCCAUUUUACUCGUUAGGGAUCCUCUGAGGGCUAUCCUGGCGGAAUUUAAUCGUCAAAGUGGAGGCCACGUGGGAUUUGCCUCUCCAGAUCGAUACAAACGCACGAAAGGCCGAUAUUGGGAACAAUUUGUCCAGAAGCAAUUGACUGCUUGGGAGUUGAUGAACGUUGGUUGGGCUAAGAAUUUCACAGGGCCUCUUAAAGUUGUCUUCUACGAUGAUCUCGUGGGAGAUGUCGAGGGAACUCUUCGGGAUGUUCUACAUUUUCUCAACUGGCCAAUUGAUGAGAACUUAUUCUCAUGCGCUAUGUCACGAAAAGAAGGGAUCUAUCAGAGAAAGAAACGUUUGAUGUCCUUCGAUCCUUUCACGCCGCAAAUGAAGCUUGAACUUGAGGAGAAGCGACAGGAAGUCUUUUCAAUUCUAGGACGAAAUGAGAACUAGAAUUAAUUCGGCAAAAAGAAAAAUCAAAUGUGGUACUCAGAACUGACCAGUGAUUGUAAGACAUUACACUACAUGGAAUAUUUUUACGUAGCUAGUAAAAUUAGCAAUGUUUCAUUUUAGUAAAUAAGAAAUAUAGAAAUGGAGAUAAGAUUGAAAAUAUUGUUGAAAAAAAAGAAGGUGUAGUUGUAGGGCCUAAAAAACACAAUUUACGAUGACGAAGACAUCGAUGUCUUUUGCACCAAAAAUUAAUGUAUUCUUAGAAUAAAAAAAAAUAUUAUAAAAAAAAACUUUGUAUAGAGAAAAGGUAAUUGUAAUGGAGAUAAUGGCACAUUUGUACUCUAAGAUUUUGUAAGGUAAUUGAUAGAAAAAGUAUUUAUUGGCAUAUAGAACGCACAUAGAAUACUCACUAAAAAAAAAACAAUCUGUUAGAUACAAAUAGAACAGGAUGUUUUAAGGAAAAAAAUAAUGUAAAUGAUUAUUCAGCAAUGCUACACAGAGUAUCUUUUGAUGUUACAAAAUAAGAAAUCAGUGUGAUGGGAAAUAAUCAGCUCAUUGUGUUCUAAGGCAUCGCUCAAAAUCGCAAAUCAAAUGUGAAGACAAUUUAUUAUUUAUCAUUUUUCUUAAAAAAAAUGCGCUCUAUUUUUUUAAUUUAAUGAUGUUCAGUGUCUAAUAAGUAGCUGUUGUAGAUUUUAGUAAAUUUAUUUCAGCUGCAGAAUCAUUCACAUUGUGCAUUAUCAUUAUGUACAUAAUAUUUGUAGGAUUAUUUAAUUGCUUAUGGCUUUUUCUAAACGAAACUUUAUGUUCAACGACUCUUCUGCCUUAAAAAAUAUCUGGCCAAAAUCAUCUUCUCUUUUUAUUUGAUAAGAAGUAACUUUGAAAUGUGAGGUUAUGUUAACUGUCGAGCUCUUCCGGCAUUCGUUAGAGUUUAUUUCUUUUACAAAGUAAAACCAAAGGUAAUUUGGCGAGAAAGCUUAUUUUUUUACAAUAGAGUUCUGUAAAUACGAACGAUGAUGAGUUUGGUUAAAAUAGAUUAACCUCAAAAUGUAGAUUUUGAGGUUAUGUGAAGAAUAUUUCUUCUUGAGUCGGAAUUAGAAGCAGUCUAUUUGUUUAGAAAAAAAGUCAAAAAGUCUGCAACCGAAAACACAGAGAAACAUUAAAUGCCAAUAUGAAUUUUCAAAUACUUUUAUAAAAUAUUAUUCUGUAAAAUUUUUAAAUUUACGUAUCUCAGUAAAAAUAAAAUUUUUUUAAUUGAACUCCCUUAAUUAAAAUAUAACCGAGUAUCUUCUUCUUCGAUACAAAUUACUAUGAUCUUGUCUAAUAAAAUCAAUGAUGUUGUUUAUACUAAUAUUUCUAACGAUUUAUCGUAGCAAAAAGUUCUUUUUGCAACGAUUUUUGAUUUUAUUCUUUCGUUUUGAUUGUCAUUCUUGAAAAUAUCACACAGUACAAAAUUAUUUGCCGUUUUCCUAUGGUUUGUAAUGAAAAUUUAAAUAAAUGUGUAAUUUUUGUGUAUUGG